AUGGCCCGUCGGUUUGCUCGUGGGCAGAAUUUCACCUUCGGAUUGAGCAUCUUCCUCUUUAUUUUCAUGUUUCUACCUACAUUUGUUAUUCUGCUAGCGGUCGUCGUAUUCUUUGGGCUGGUGUAUCCACGGUUGCGAAAGUCGUACAGCCUUGACUGUGAAAAGGAGGAGUCUCAGCAGUCGGAGAUCAAAGAUUGA